GGGUGGGAAAAUGGUGACAGAUUUUUGUUUUUGUUUUGGGUGAACUAUCCCUUUAAGCCGACAUAGAGUGGGAACUAUAUGGAUGUGUAGAAACACGGAACAAUUUUAGUGAUGCACAAAACAGAUGGUGCUGAAGCUGGCGCUGAAGAAGAAGCUAGAAUUACUACAGGAGAAACAACUAUAGUGAAGAUGGAGAUUGAAGAAGAACCCUGCAGAAUAAAAGAGGAAGAGACAGAGGAACUAAUAGAUGAAUAUGGAGAUGCAGUCAGUUCACAGACUGAGGAAACCUUCAGACAAAAACAAGCUGGAGAAACUGGAGCCAAAGGCCCGUUCAUCUGCUGUGAGUGUGGAAAGAUCUACCAAAAAAAAUCACAUUUCACCAGACACAUGAGAUUUCACACUGGGGAAAGUCUGUUGACAUGCACUGAGUGUGGAAAGAGGUACACAGAGAAAGGAAGGCUGGUUUCACACAUGAGGAUUCACACCGGAGAGAGACCAUACAUCUGCUGUCAGUGUGGAAAGAGUUACAUAUAUAAACACGCUCUCAAAGAGCAUCUGCUCUCUCACACUGGAGGGAAGCCAUUAAGCUGUGAUCAGUGCGAUAAAACAUUUGUUUAUUCGUCAAACCUGAGCGCACAUCUGAAAGUUCACUCUGGACUGAAGCCUCACUGCUGCUCUUUUUGUGGAAAGAGUUUUUCACGACUGGAAAAUUUGAGAAUUCACAGCAGCGUUCACACUGGAGACAAACCUUACGUGUGUUCAGACUGUGGGAAGAGCUUUACGUCAUCAGGCAACUUAAAAACACACCAGAGGAUUCACACUGGAGAGAAACCGUAUCAGUGUUCACACUGUAAGAAGAGUUUCACUUUUUCAGGAAGCCUGAAACAUCAUGAGAAAAUUCACACUGGAGAACAGCAAUAUUAGUGAUGUUCUUGAGCAGGG